ACUUCAGGGCCGUUUGCUGAGCAUGCUCCAGCUCCACCCGCUGCGACGGAGGAGGGACGGCUCCGAGACGCGGAAAGCACAAACAUGCGUGCGGUGGCCGGGCUCGGUUGGCUGCUGCGGCUGCCGUCAGCGGCUCAGCGCUGUUGCUCUUCCUACAGGAAGAGGACACCAACGGGGCUUCUGCAACCGUGGCUGCUAAGCUGCCUCUCGCACGGCGGCGUCAUGGCUCAGUAUGGCACGGAACAGCGGGGGCGACGCCACUCUCUUGAUUACCGCCUCUACUUUAAGAAUUCAAAGGGAAAAUAUAUUUCCCCAUUCCAUGACAUUGCCCUGUUUGCUGGAUCAAGUGAGGAUAAGGAAAUUCCUGCAAAGAGAUUCAAGAUCAAUGGAAGUGAGGUUGUACUUAACAUGAUUGUAGAAGUUCCUCGUUGGACAAAUGCUAAGAUGGAGAUUGCCACGAAGGAGUCAUUGAAUCCCAUUAAGCAAGAUGUAAAGCAAGGCAAGCUGCGAUACGUGGCAAAUAUCUUUCCCCAUAAGGGCUAUAUUUGGAAUUAUGGGGCCUUCCCUCAGACUUGGGAAGAUCCCAGUCAUAAAGAUGAUAGUACAGGAUGCUGUGGUGACAACGAUCCCAUUGAUGUCUGUGAAAUUGGUUCGCAGGUUCGAACUCUCGGUGAGGUGGUUCAGGUGAAGGUCCUUGGGCUUCUAGGUCUAAUAGAUGAAGGAGAAACUGACUGGAAGGUCAUUGCUCUCAGUGUGGAUGACCCAGAAUCACAGAAGAUCCAUGAUAUUGAUGAUGUCCGGAAGUUCAAACCAGGUUAUCUUGAAGCUACAGUGGACUGGUUCAGAUUAUAUAAAGUUCCAGAUGGGAAGUCAGAAAAUCAGUUUGCUUUUAAUGGCACGUUUAAAGACAAGGCAUUUGCUUUUGAAAUCAUUCAGUCCACCCAUGAAUACUGGAAGGCUUUGCUUCACAAAAAGGCUGAUGGAGGAGCCAUAAAAUGCACCAACGUCCUGGUGGAUACCAGUCCAUAUUGCUGUAAUGAAGAGGAUAUCCAAGCUAUUGUGCAAUCCGCUCCGCCUCCUGUGGAAGAAUAUUCUGUUUCCAAAGAAGUUGAUAAGUGGCAUUUUCUUAGGCAAUGAUUACUAGAAUUCCCUGAAGUCAGGCUGUGAAAUCCUGUCUACUUCAUCCUCUUCUCUCACUAACUCACUCAUCAUUUGCUGGAAAUAUGCAAGAGAAUGUACCACUGAAUGGAGAUGCAAGUCAACAUGUGCAAUGCAAAUUAUUACCAUGUAAAUAAAACAGUGAUUUUAAGUUC